CGCCUUGGAAACGAAGGCAGCCAAUCUGUGCAGCGGGUUACGCUCCGCCCUGACAACAGCGCCGGUGGCACUUCGUUGGGGUGGGUUCCGCGGCCCUGCGGGCGGCAGACUGCGAUGCUGAAGGCCAAGAUCCUUUUCGUGGGGCCCUGCGAGAGUGGAAAAACUGUUUUGGCCAACUUCCUGACAGAAUCUUCUAACAUCACCGAAUACAGCCCGACCCAAGGAGUGAGGAUCCUGGAAUUUGAGAACCCACAUGUUACCAGCAGCAACAAAGGCACGGGGUGUGAAUUUGAGCUGUGGGAUUGUGGUGGCGAUCCAAAGUUCGAGUCUUGCUGGCCAGCCCUAAUGAAGGAUUCCCAUGGAGUGGUGAUCAUCUUCAAUGCCGACAUCCCGAGCCACCUGAAGGAAAUUGAGAUGUGGUAUUCCUGCUUUGUCCAGCAGCAGUUCUUACAGGACACCCAGUGUCUGUUAAUUGCACACCACAAACCAGGCUCUGGAAGCGAUAAAGGAAACGUGUCUUUGGCACCACCCUUGAACAAGCUGAAGCUGGUACACUCACACCUUGAGGAUGACCCCGAAGAGAUCAGGAUGGAAUUCAUAAAGUAUUUAAAAAACAUAGUCAACUCAGUAUCUGAGAGCAGAGACCGGGAGGAGAUGUCAAUUAUUACCUAACCAGCCUUCAUCGGGACUUGCCCACAUCCCACAGGAAGCCAGCUGCUUUCCCAGCACAGAUUUGAAACCUUAUCCAGCUGCUGAUGCUUUCUUCUCCGUGUGGCUGUAAAACAACGUUUCCUUACCUGUCUAAAGGUACUAGUCAGCCAGGGAGUUGAGUCUUACCAUCUAUCCUCUGUCCUUAGUUCAGCUGAGAAAAGCCUAUUAUUGAAUUCUGAUUCCUUCACCCUAGACCUCUCCAAAGAGCUAGAAAACAGGUUUUGUUUCUCCCCCUUCACAUUUGUCAAGUUAUAAAAAUCGUGGAAUUGUAACUGUCAUAGCUCAAUUAUACAGCAGUGGUUGAAUCCGUG